CCAAAACAAACUUUUCCUAGAACAAGUGACAUGUCUUCCCUUCAACCCACCAUGACCUCAAACUCGAGCUCAAACUUUGAUGAGCAUCAAUGGGUCAUUCAAAUGCGUCGAAGCCUAGAGGAAGAGCUUGAAGAGGAAGCUGAAAUCCCCGUCAGCAUCUUCAACGUGCCCAAAACCCUAAUGGCUAGUGAUCCGGAUUCAUAUAUUCCACAACAAGUUGCACUAGGGCCGUACCAUUAUUGGCGUCCCGAGCUCUAUGAGAUGGAGAGAUAUAAGCUUGCUGCCGCAAAAAGAAUGCAGAAACAGCUCCAGAGCCUCAAGUUCCAACAUCUUGUCAGCUCUUUGAUAGAGCUGGAGCUGAGGAUUCGAGCUUCGUACCACAAGUACCUAGAUUUCAACGGCGAAACCUUGGCUUGGAUGAUGGCAGUAGAUGCAUCCUUCAUGCUUGAGUUCCUUCAAAUCUAUGCUCUCAAAGAAGGUAAGACUCUAACAAGAGUUUCAUCCAGGAUGUCCCAUUUGGCCCAUAAUGACAUUCUUCGUGACAUGGUAAUGCUUGAGAAUCAAAUUCCACUCUUCUUACUAAGAAAGGUGCUAGAAUUCCAAUUUUCAUCGUUACAGUUAUCGGAUGAUAUGUUACAUUCCAUGCUAAUAGGAUUGUGCAAGGAGAUUUCUCCCUUCAAGAUGAUGGAAGAAUUACCAAAUGUUCAACUCUCUGAGCUCACUCACUUGCUAGACUUCUUGUACCAAGUGAUAGUGCCCAAAUUGGAAGAUUUUCAUUCAUGCGAAACAACUGAAGUUCAGGAUGAACAAGAUGCCAAGAAAGGAGAAGAAAAUUCAUUUGGGAAAUCAAGUUACGUUAAACAAUUCCUUGAAGAGAUCUGGAAGGUCCUGUCAAAAUUAAACAAAGGCCCAGCGCGUCUUCUCAAGAGGGUAAUAUUCUCAAAGCCUGUCAAAGUGAUACUAAAAUUGCCUUGGACAAUGAUCUCUAACCUUCCACUAUUUAGUGUGUUGAAACAACCCAUUGAAUAUAUGUUCUCCUCCCGAGAUAAAGAAGGGAAAUCUGAAAAUGGGAGUACUUUAAAUUCGAAUACUAACUUUGACAAACCUCCACUAGUCGAGGAAAUCACAAUCCCUUCAAUCACCGAGCUCUCCAAAGCCGGUGUUCAUUUCUUACCCACUAAGGGUAGCAUCUCAACCAUUAGUUUCGAUGUUAAAAACGUUACAUUAUACCUUCCUACAAUUAGUUUAGACGGGAAUACGGAGGCAAUCUUUAGAAAUUUAGUAGCAUAUGAAGUUUGUAAUGCAUCGGGGCCAUUGGUUUUCACUCGUUACACGGAAUUAAUGAUUGGGAUUAUUGAUAAUGAAGAGGAUGCAAAGCUCCUUAGAGAAAGAGAGAUUAUUUUGAAUUUGAAGAGUGAUGAAGAAGUGGCCAAGCUGUGGAAUGGGAUGAGCAAGUCUGUUAGGUUGACCAAAGUGCCCUUUUUAGAUAAAGUGAUUGAAGAUGUCAACAAGUAUUACAAUGGUAGGUGGAAGGUUAGAGUUGGGAAAUUCAUGAAGCUUUAUGUGUUUGGGUCAUGGCAAUUUCUCACACUGCUGGCUGCUAUUUUGCUCUUGUUGAUGAUGUCCUUACAAGCGUUUUGCUCUGUGUAUGGAUGUGCCAGAAUAUUCCAUGUCAAUACCAUUUCGUGAUUCUGUGUGGUUUGUACAUCUCUAUCAUGAGAGUUGGUGUUCCUGAUUUCCAGUGUUCAUAAGACAUACUUGCUUAAUUUUGU